GCCAUUCUUGAUUUUGUGCAAUCCCUUAUUCGCUCUCAAUGAAACCCAAAUUUCAAUUGAAAUUUCUGAAUUCUGCGAAGGAAACUUGUUUGGUUCACUAGAAACUCAUCUCUUUAGCUUCUUCACCCCAGCGGCAGAUAACACCUCUUUCAUUCAGCACUGCAGCUCAUCAAGCGUGAAUCGCAGAAAAAAGAUCAAGAAAAUGAAGGAGCACCAAAGGGUGGCGUUGGUGCUAUGCCUGAUCUGGCUUGGCACCCUCCUUUACGGCGAGAUGUUCGCUUUCUGGAUGCCCCCUUUCUUCUCUUGUUCUUGGCCUCACCGGUCCAAUUCAAAGAUGGCUGGACAAGGGCAUGCCGGUGAUUAUGUGAAAGUUGCUGUUAUUGCCGAUCCCCAGCUCAUGGACAAAACCUCACUCCACCUGCCUCCAAAAUCACUUGCUUUGGAGAUUGCCCAGUUCUAUACCGAUUUGUACAUGCGCCGAGCCAUUUUCUCAUCUGUCUUGCCUUUCAAACCUGAUGUAGUUUUGUUUUUGGGUGAUUAUUUUGAUGGAGGACCUAAUUUAUCAGAUGAAGAAUGGCAGGAAUCUCUGAGCCGCUUCAAACAUAUCUUUGGUCUAAAUACAGCGUAUGAUAAUAUUCAAGUUUACUACAUCCCUGGAAACCAUGAUCUUGGUUAUGCAAAUCUCUACUCUAGUAAGCCGGAGGUUAUUAAACGAUAUGAGAAGGAAUUCGGUAGUAGAAACUAUCAGUUUAAAGUUGGAAAAGUUGAGUUCGUAGUCGUCGAUGCCCAAACUCUUGAUGGGAAACAAAAUCUUGCUUCUGCUUCUUGGGAUUUUGUUAUGAAUAUCUCUAAAGAUAAUCAAUCAUACCCAAGGGCUUUGUUGACCCAUAUUCCAUUAUAUCGGCAAGAUUGGAUUAAUUGUGGUCCUCAUCGUCAUUCUCCAAUUAUCAUUCAGUGGAUCCAGCGCACAUUUCCUGAACAGGAAAUAAGGUACCAAAAUUACAUCACUGAGGAAGCAUCAAACCGGUUAUUGAAUUUGAUCAAACCUGUACUUAUUUUAUCUGGUCAUGAUCAUGAUCAAUGUACUGUAACACAUGAUACACAAACUGGACCUGUAAUGGAGCACACUUUAGGGACGAUAAGUUGGCAGCAAGGAAACCUAUAUCCAUCUUUCAUGUUAUUAUCAGUUAGCAACUCGUCACUUUCAGCCACUUCCAGCCGAGAAGACAUGAUACUUACUAAGCUUUGUUUUCUUCCGAAGCAAACACAUAUUUACAUCUGGUACCUCCUACUAUUUGUUCUGACAAUACUUGCUCUGCUUUUCUGGCCAACGGGUGGCUUGAAUGUUUGGCAUCACUUUGGUAAUUUAGUGGAUGUUAGCAAAAAGUUAAUGAGUUGCAAUAUCUUUAGAGAUGGGACAAAAGAAAAAAAUGAGGAUGAGAAUUGUGAAUAUGAGAUGAUUUGGGGUGCAGAUGGAUCAAUGCAUGUUAUUAAGAAAGCCUUGAGCAAUCCUGUUACAUCUCCAAGUGAUAGAAGCCUGGUAGAAAGCAGGGGUAAUGCUGUGAUGCGGCCAGCAGCUAAAAAGGCAAUUAAUCUGGAGUCAGAACUUUCUUUAGAUGUUGAUAAUCACAAUGCUGUAAAAUUAGCCCCUAGAGCAAGCAGAUCAAAGAUUAAGAUCAUAAUACAGAGAUUGCUGCGCAUGAUUCGUAUGGUUAUACUCAUUGCUGCUGUCAAUGUUCCUCUCUAUAUGAUGCUGCUCUUCAAGGAUUGGAUUGACAAAUGAUGUCUGCAGAAUUUGUUCACUGCAGCAAGUGGCCAAGAGUUCAAACUCAAUGGUGGAUAAAUCUUGUAAUAGUGUUGUGGUCAUUUUUGUAUGGUACCUUUUCUCUUGCUAGCAGUCAAUACCUCUUUUUUGCUUGAUGAGAAUACUGGCAGAGCAUCUCAGCUUGUCCAUUGUUUACACUUUUGUGAAUUCAAUGGAAAAAACAAGCUUUAGGACAUUCAAUCUUUGUUUGGACUUUGUAUCAACAUUAUAUUUAUUGAAGUUCUUAACAGAUUUUUGGUCCUAACAAGACCAAUGACUGGAGAAAUUAGAGAUUAAUAAUCUUAAUUAAUUAGA